UCCUCGUUUUAUCAUAGAUUAUAAAGCAGAAUUGCUUUGUUCCAUCUUUUUACUGUUCCUAAAGUUUUCCUAAAUCAUUUGAAGCAUGCUAGUGACAAAACGAGCAGAACAAACUCAUGCCCCAGGCAGCAGAGGGCAGCGGGAGGGAUGUGAGAUGCCCCGGCCAGCGCUGAGGGGCGCAACGAGCCCAGGGCUCUGCUGAGGGGCGAGGGGGACCCUUCGUGGGGAGGGCGGCGGGUGCCUCCCUGCCACGGAUGUUACCGAGGGAGUUUGUGGUCCCCCCGGCUGCAGUGGGUCCAGGCUGCCGACCGCCUGGACGCCCAGGGUGUGGCGGAGGGCCAGGGGCGGCGGAGACGGCGGUCCCCCACUUCGGGACGAUGCGGCCCAGCCAGGGGCGGCCAUGGCGUAGGACCGCCCCUCCCGCCGGCGGGCAACUGUUUCGAACGCGCUGCGGGAGCAGGCCGGCCCGGAGCGCGGGUGACUCCUUCCUGCAGAACAGGAACUGCGGCGCAUCGUUGUCACGCAGCGGCGGAGCCUCUCCCGCGCCCGCACACGGCGCUGAGGGCUCGGCAUCGCUGCGGCACCUGGGGCUCAGCCCCCGCGCCGGGGCCCGAGGGAAGGGCAGAGAGGCGGCCGAGCCGCCGGAUGGGGCGGUGGCUUCCGCGGGCCACGCAGCCGCCGCGGCCGGGGCGAUGUGGGAGCCGCGGGGCGCGGCGGUGAGGGCGGCGGCGGCUCUGCUGUUCGGGGCCGGCGCCUGCUACUGCCUGUGGCGGCUGGCGGCGGGCGGGCGGCGGCGGCAGCGAGCAGCGGCCGCGGGGAGCCCGCCGGCAGACAGCAGUGCUCCCAUGUCAACCCAUACCAUGGAUGUGGAUGUUCUACAGAAACUUAUUCAUUUGCUCCAGGCCACAGAUGAUCCAUUAAUUCAAGAGCAAGCUUUAAUCACUCUCAGCAACAGUGCUGCCUUCUCUGGAAAUCAAGAUAUAAUCCGAGAUUUGGGUGGUCUUUCUGUUAUUGGAGGGAUGCUCUCCAACUGCGUUCCCAAAGUGGAAGAAAAAGCACUAAAUGCACUUAAUAAUUUGAGUAUGAAUAUUAAAAAUCAGGAAGAGAUACAGGUAUUUAUUACACAAGUUUGUAGGACUGUUGAGUCAGCUCCCCUGAACUCUGACGUGCAGAUAGCUGGACUCAGGCUGUUGACAAAUAUGUCUGUUACCAGUGACUACCACCAGAAGAUGAUAAACUCAAUUCCAUGCUUUCUUCAUUUGCUUUCAGAAGGAGCUGAAAGGACACAGAUUCAAGUUUUGAAAGUACUUGUGAACUUAUCUGCAAACCCAGCCAUGACAAGACAUCUUCUCAGAGCUCAAGUGCCAUCAUUGGUGAUAAUUUUUGACAACUGUGUAAACAGAGAUAUUCUGGUUCGAGCCCUGGCGUUUGCAGCAAACUUGAAAAAGAAUGUGAACGAUGAAGAAGGCACCAAGAUUGAAGAAUACUGUGAAGACUCAAUUUUCUUCACACUCUGCAGGGACUCUGCCCCAUUUGCUCAGAGACUGGCAUCUUUGCUGCAUCACCCUGACACAGAAGUGAAAGAACAAGUUGUGAGAAUAUUAACGCAAUAGUGUUGUUUUCUUAAAACAGACUGACCUGAUGAAAAUAUCUAAUCUUGGCAAUGCUAAGCUAAGAAAGUGUGCAACAAGUAAACAACACAACAGUGAUGGAGAAAAAAAGCCCUAAAUACUAUCAUUUUAAUGGGUGCAAAUUAGUUACUACAGAAGAGAAUGCCAUGUAUUUAAUACAGAGAGCAUAACAGAUAUUUUUACAAGCAAGAGAAAACCAAUAGCUUAAUUAUUACUGAUAAACCACUGCACAGUUGCUACAUUUAUGCAAUGGGGGCAAACAGUUUAAAACAUGAAAACAUCUAUAUGUAAAAUGAACAUUUUAAAUGGAUGAGUGAAGUGAAUGAAAAUAUCCUUUGCAAUGUCAAAGACCUUUUUUUUACUUUAAGUAUUUACAGCUGUUGAAUAAAUACCUCAUUAGAAUUGUGCAUUAAAGAGAGAUUAGGCAUUUAUAUUUUUUUAGUCUACCUAUGAAAAUGGUAAAGCUGAAUCUUAACAAAAUAGUAUUAAAUAAAAACAAUACCAAACUAUCAUUGGCUUCAUACAGAAUCAGUAUCUUCAAUGAAAGCUGCAUACUAAAGUCACCAAACCUAGGUUUUUUCACUGUACCUGUAUGGAAUUUAUUCUUAAACACCAUUUUUGUAUGCUUAGUAUAUCAACUCCAUUUAGCCAAACUGCAGUGCAAUUAAUCACAACUGUGAAAGGUUUCUACACUUGAACAAAAAUUGAAAGGAUUUUAUAUUGCUUUAAAAUUGUCACUUUAGGGAAAGCAGACAUAUUUUUUAAAAAGUAUUUUAUUAGGAGUCAAGGAUUAUCUGCAACUGCAAUUCAGCAUUCUCAUUCUUAUUUUAAAAAAGUUUACAAGAGCAGUAUCAUACACAUUUUUACAAAAGCUUCCAAUUCUGUAGCAGCCCUUGGGCUUCCUUUCCUUAGACAUCUUUACUCCUUUUUUUUUCUGCAACUGGAACAUCACUGAAAUGAGUGCUUCUGCAGAAUUAGCCCCCAUAAACUUUUAGUCAGCAACCCAGCAUUAAUUCAAAAUGAAGUGGAAUCCAUACAAACAUCACUGUAAAAGAACCUGAACAGAGUUUCAUUGAUGAAUACAAAACAUACUGGAAAAUACUUCUAAAACCAAACUACUAAAAAACUUCCACUACAGAGAAACUAAAAGGUGUUAGAUGUAAAGGCUAGGAAAGUUUUCCACUUUGUUCCGUUUUUAAGAGAACUGUAUCACCUAAAUUGUUACCAAGUGCUUAAUCUUUCUAAUUUAGCAUACUCACUGCUCUUAGAAAACAUUACUAUCUUCUCUUUCUGUAUUACAAUAGAUACUUGUUUUCAGAAGGUCACUUUGCAAAUAGCUAAAACUGCAAGAAAAAUACGACCUUGAAACGGUGACACGCCCAUGCCCUCAUCAAUACAGGGGUAAAGCUACACGUAUCUAAUUUAUCCACGUAGGUAGUUUUAACUCACCAGGAAUACAGUUAAGGCAGAAAUAGAAGUUGGCAUGAUUCCCAGUCAGAAACUUGACAACUGCUGCAUUGACAGUGAACUUCCUUUCCUCCUUCCCACUGCUCCUAAAACACUGUACAGUUUGUGAUAAGCAGGUUACAUUAUAAUCACUUAAUGUUUUGCAACUUUUUGUAGAUUUAAUGUUUUUUGCUACUGAAUUUGAUUAAGAAAAGUAAAUACUAGGCCAGACACUAAGAAUUUAUCCACUCUCCUCUCCUGACCAGACAUUAGGACCAGUCUGUUCUAGGUAUAGCUGAUACAUGGUUUCUUAAGCUCAACAACAGAGAUGUCUAGAUGUCCCUUUCCGUUUUCUCCAACCUAAAAAUAAGUUUUUUCAGUAUCAUCUUUUUGAUAGAGUUGAUCUCUUAGCCAUUGCUUUAACAGCUGACACAAACAAGUGACCUUUUCUAAAAAUACACGAGAACUUGCUACAGUGUUGUCUCAGUUUUCUUUUUCUGGUCUAGAAAGAACUAUUUUUAAAUGCUUUCUUCAUAGAACAAUGCUGUUGAGAUGUUUGAAAUCAUGCAAGACUUUCCAAUGUGCCUUUAUGCAAA